AUCAAAACAAAGCUAAGAAUGACAGGAGUGACGGAACAAACUCGCAAAUCCUUCCUUCUCCUUUUUCUCUCUGCUGCCUCCCACUCUGCAUAAAACCCCUUAUACUUGUCUUCUCUCUCCAUAGAAAUCUGACUCCAUUAACGCCUCACUUGGUGUGGACGUAAAUGCGUCUCUGACCAGUGUCUGUUUUUGUACGGUGAUUUCUUUAACCACCUGUCCUUCUCCACUGUAUACGCCCCAUUCAUUUAAUAAUAUCACGGACAAUCGUUCAUUGUUGGUUUUCUUAGCAGAAGAACAACAACAUUGUUCCUGUCUCCUUAGCUUUUACUCAUUUCUUAUCCUCAAGGUUUUAUCUUGCAUCUUCCUUUGGUUUAUUGUUUCUUCUACAUUGACUCCAAAGUUUUUGGAUUUGUUUGUUCUUUGCUUUCCUCAAUGGAAGCUUAAUUACAUCCUUUGGUUCAUUAACGUCAAUUGUUUCUUCAUUUUUUACUGUUUUGGCUCAUGGGUUCUUGACAAGGUUGCUUAACUGUUCGGCAGUUUUCCUGGAAAAGAGCCUUCUUUUUUUUUUUUCAAUUUUUUGCUGUAAUAUUUUUUCUAUUGUGUUUCCCUUAUCAUUUAGUUAAUAUUUCAGUUUUUUUUAUUCUGGGUUUUCUGGAAUUUUGGUUAUUAAAAGAGAAGCAACGGUUUGAUGUUUUUUAGCACGGCCUUCUUUGAAGACUAAAUUUUCCUGAAGUUUUCCUUUGGACUUGUUUAUAUUCAAGGACUACCUCCAUUUUUAGGCGUGGCAGAGUAAGAGUUCUCUUGUAAUGAUUCUGCUUCUGUGUCUCUUGCAUUGCUUUGUCUUCUUGGGGUUUUCUUAAUCUCAGUGAAACUUACUUUCUGUCGCUGGAAAUUAGUCCUCAAUGAGGUGGUCAAACUGGUUUCUCAUACUAUAUCUUUCAUGGGCAUUCUAUAUCCCUGGCACCCAUGAGUUACAAUCCUAUCAGGCUCAACUUCUACUGCAGCUGAGGAAACAUCUGGAGUACCCUUUACAAUUGGAUAUUUGGGGAAGUUACAAUGGAGAUAUUUGCUACCUGUCUUCAACUAUACAUAUGAGCAUCGUGUGUGAGGACAAUUUUAUCACUGAGCUCAGAGUUAAAGGAGAUAAGGUUGUCACUGUCAGUGAGUUCAAUGGAUUCACAAUUCCUAAUCAGACUUUAUCUGAGAGUUUUUCAAUGGAUUCUUUUGUUACCACAUUGGCGAGGUUAACCAGCUUGAGAGUUGUUAGCUUAGUGUCUUUGGGUAUGUGGGGACCUCUUCCUGAAAAGAUUCAUAGGCUAUAUUCACUUGAAGUUUUGGACUUGAGCUCAAAUUUUAUGUUUGGUUCAGUUCCUCCACAAUUAUCAAGAAUGGUUAAGCUUAAUGCUUUAGUAUUAGAUGGCAAUUAUUUCAAUGGAUCUCUCCCAGAUUGGUUGGAUUCCUUGUCCAAUCUCACUGUUCUGAGCCUGAGGAAUAACAGGUUUAAGAGUCAGUUUCCUUCAUCAAUAUGCAGAAUCGCAACAUUAACUGAUAUUGCCUUGUGUGGCAAUCAGCUUACUGGUAAAUUGCCUGAUUUGAGUAACUUAACCAGCCUGCAUGUGUUGGAUUUAAGAGAGAACAAUCUAGAUUCUGAGUUACCUGCCAUGCCUCAAGGGUUAAUUACAAUUCUUCUAAGCAAUAAUUCCUUCUCAGGAAACAUUCCUGCUCAAUAUGGCAAUUUGAGUCAGCUUCAACAUCUUGAUUUGUCCUUAAAUAAUCUUAGUGGAACACCUCCAUCUUCCCUGUUCUCUUUGCCAAAUAUCAGGUAUUUGAACUUAGCUUCCAACAUGCUUACUGGAGCCCUUCCACAGAGUCUUAGCUGUGGUAGCAACCUGGGAUUUGUUGACAUCUCUUCAAACAAAUUAAUCGGUGGGCUUCCCUCUUGCUUGGACACUAUGUCAAAUAAGAGAGCAGUAAAAUUUGGUGGGAAUUGUUUAUCCACUGGUUCCCAAAAUCAGCUUCAGAGGUCCUACUGUGAGGCAGUCGAUACACAGUCAAAGAAAUCAAGAGGCAGAAUGGUAGCAAUAUUAGUUGCUGUCAUAACCGGCACAGUUCUUGUUUUGGUGCCUUUGGCGUUAGGGGUUGUGUUUUGGUGCAGAAGUUUUCGUUCCAGAAGAACUUUUGAACAAAAUAUUUUUCCUAAGGCUGGGCAAGAUAAUUCAACUACUGGAGUUUCCUCUAAAGCCCUUGAAAAUGCCAGAUUUAUUUCUCAAGCAGCCAACCUUGGCACACAAGGUGGCCCUAUAUGCCGUGUAUUUUCCUUGGAAGAUUUGAUGGAAGCCACAAACAAUUUUGAUUCAUCAACAUUUAUGGGUGAAGGCUGUAAUGGAAAGAUUUAUAGAGGCAGGCUGGAGAAUGGAACUUCUGUUGCUAUACGGUCUCUGACUUUGUUGAAGAAACAUUCCCUUCAAAAUCUUAAACUUCGGCUGGAUUUGCUUUCAAAGCUUCACCAUCCACAUUUGGUUGGUCUGCUGGGUUAUUGCAUUGACAGCAGUAGACAAGAUGAUUCUAGUGGCAUCAAAGUCUUCUUGAUCUAUGAAUAUGUAUCUAAUGGAAAUUAUCAUGCCCAUCUGUCAGAAACUUGCCCGGAGAAAGUCCUCAAGUGGUCAGAUAGACUGGUGAUUCUUAUUGGUGUUGCCAAGGCUGUGCAUUUUCUACAUACUGGGGUGAUUCCUGGUAAUUUUAACAAUCGACUGAAGACAAAUAACAUAUUGCUUGAUGAGCAUCGAAUCGGAAAACUGAGUGACUAUGGCUUGGCUGUAAUCACUGAUGAAAUUGAAAAAACUGAGGUAAAGGGAGAGGCCCCAAAAACACGACAUACGACAAACUUAGAGGAUGAUGUUUACAACUUUGGCUUUAUCCUACUUGAAUCACUUGUUGGUCCUAUAGUAACUGGGAAAGGAGAAGCAUUUCUGCUGAAUGAAAUGGCAUCCUUUGGCAGCCAGGAUGGUCGAAGGCGCAUUGUGGACCCAAUUGUUUUAACCACAUGCUCACAGGAGUCAUUAUCAAUUGUGGUCUCUAUUACAAGCAAAUGCAUAUCUCCAGAGCCUUCAACUCGUCCUUCUUUUGAGGAUGUUCUCUGGAACUUACAGUAUGCAGCUCAAGUCCAGGCCGCAGCUGAUUCUGAUCAAAAGUCAGAUUCUACAUCAUAGUCAUAAGUUUACAAGCAGAUUAUGAAACUCCAGCAACAAUCUUGUUUAGGAGAUGAAUCCAUGCGUGAUCGGCAUCAUAAGCACCUGAGAUGGGCAUACAUUUGGGUAGCUUUAUCAGAUUGAAAUACAAAAUAUAAAGCUGUAAAUGUGAUACUCUGAUUUCUUGACGUUGAGCAUAGCCAACAUUUUUAUAUAAUGAGAUUUUGUUUGAUACAA